ACACUCGUUUGGGCAUCUCCAUAUUAUCACUACGCACUCUCAAUGAUCCACCUGAACUCGCCCGCCGGACAAUCUGUAGCAGGACGACGAAACGAUCGACACUAUCCGUCUCACUCUAUCCCGUCCCAUGCGAGAUGCGCUCUCUCCUUCUCCCCGCGCGCCGUUCUCGACCAAUCGGCGGCCAUCUUCUGCUCCCCCGAGAGCAGAGCGACAGUGCGUACUCUCAUCACAAUCACAAGGAGACGACAUCUCGCCGCGCGAGGUUGUCGUUCCCGCGGAAGAUGAUAUUCCACCAACACGAGUGACCGAUGCACAUUAUUUAAAAAAAUAGUGCCUUAGAACAUUUGUUUAGUGUUUGAAAGACUGUAAAAUCUGUGUUAAACUGCUGUUGUGAUAAGUGAGAGACUGGAAGCUCGAUCUUGUGGAAUUGGACUUUUUUCGUUACAAUAAUUUCAGGCGACGUGUGAUAGCGUAAAAAUUAUCCACGAUUGGGCGCCGUCGCGGACGCGCGUCGCGGGCCAUGCAGGGAGCCGCCAGUGCACCCGCGCCUCCCGCGGCCGAGCCGCCUUCAUCCCAACAAAUCAAAACAGAAGUCAUCAGCGAGGCUAAAGUCGAGGCGGAUAACCAGGAAGAGGAAGAAAUGAAGAUUGAACAUCACGAGACGCGCGCAACGCGCACCACAAGCAUAGACAGUGAUAACAGAUCAGACCGAAGCGAGGAAGAAGAUUGCAGACGUGCCCGAAAGCGAGCCGCUUCUACCUCACCUUCGCCUAUUCCAUUAGACAAGAGAACGGCUCGAUUCGAAUGCCCCAAGUGUUUCCAGCGAUUCGAUUCAAUAAAUGCCUUCGAUUUCCAUCGCUUCACAGCGCACGGGGAUGAUACUAGAUCCGGCUAUGAUGAUUACGUAGAUUAUUCCGCUAAAAAAAUGCCAGAUAUGUUACGAAGUUCACACGUAUCUAUCUCAGAGCAACGUUUUCGCUGCGAAUACUGUUCACGAGAUUUUCCAUCAGGACAAAUCUUGGAUAUUCACAGAAAAACUUGUACGUCAUCCACUCGAAUAUCCAGUCCCGAUCGUGACCGAAGGGAAGAUUUUUUCGCUAAACUUGAUCUAAGGAACAGAUCUUUUGGGAUACCAGGUACCUUAACUCCACCGAUGGAUCGAUUCACGCCUAAAUUCGAUGAUGGACAUCUUACUAAUGGCAUAAGGCAUAUAGAUGCUGCAAGAGACCUGGCGGAUAUUCAAUCCAUCCUAAAUGUCACCUCUGCUGGAAGUCUUUUAGAACGAUUGACUGGAACGAGGGUGGCUUUAGAAAGUGCAGUAUUAACACCUCCCGAUACAAUCGUUAAAGAACGUGAACAGGAAGAAACACAAGAUAAUUUCGCAGCAGAGUUCAGGCGAAUGAAAUUGCGCGGUGAGUUCCCUUGCAGACUAUGUCCCGCUAAAUUUCCAAACCUCCGGGCUUUAAAAGGACAUAAUAGAGUACAUCUUAGUGGAACUGGACCCGGACCAUACCAGUGCAACAUGUGUCCCCACGCAUCUUUAGACAAAGCGGCUCUUGUUCGGCAUAUGCGAACACACAAUGGUGACAGACCUUAUGAAUGCGCUGUAUGCAACUACGCCUUUACAACGAAAGCUAAUUGUGAACGUCACUUACGUAAUCGUCACGCAAAAGUAACAAGAGAGGACGUGAAACGCUCAAUAAUUUACCAUCCAUCAGAAGAUCCUAAUAACGACGAAGUAAAUUCUAAACUUGCUCGGGAAGAAGUUAAAAGAUCGCUAGCAUUCCACACGCCAGAAGUAGAAAGACGCAGUGAACCCACAGGUCGUAGUACACCACUGUCGCAUUAUAAUCCCAGUUUCAUAACAGACAGACAUCCAGUAACUUCUCUCACAAAAGCUUUACCCGAUACACCCGCUUUAACCCCGAGAGAGUCGGAUCCGCCAAUGCCCAGAAUCAAAGUAAAGGGUAUCGGACAACUCACGCAAAUACCUGAAUUUAGGACACCUGAUCUUUCAUUUAAGACAAAUGAUCUACUACCGGAAACUUAUAAUGAUGAUGCUCCAGUAGAUCUUAGUACGAGUGACAACAAUAGUUGUGAUGUAUUAGAUCUUAGCAAGAAAAAGCGCGACACAGAUGAUGAUGAACCUAAAGCACCAUCGCGUCCCGCAUUUGACAACUCUGCGUCUGUUGCUGCAACAGCCGCCGCAACUGCUUACGAAAAAACCAGAUUAAUCCUUGCUCAGCAAAGACUUUUUGAAAACUCUCUGCCUAAACUUGAUCCUUCUUAUUAUGCAACUCAACUGUCUCAACUUUAUGCCAGUGCAGUACCAGGUCUGCCAGGUUUACCUAUCCCGUCUACAUUUCCUAUCAAUCCAUACUUCCUACAGACCUCUUUUUUUCCUCACCCAACGGAUUCCCAAGAAAUAACCGAAAUGAAGCAACGUAUACAAAAAGAAAUCAUCCGAAGUCUUAGCAUGUCUGGAGGUAGGUUGGUUACAAACGAAGCCGAAACACAACCCAAACAAGAACCUGAAGAGGAAGAACAAAAGCCUAUCCAAGUUUCUACGACGCCAACCCCACCACCUCAUUCAGAAUCUCCACGUCCUAUAACAAAUAAUAAUCUUGUUUCUCAAAAUGAUUCCGUAAAGAUGGUGAUAAAAAAUGGUAUUCUUAUGCCUAAGCAAAAGCAAAGACGUUAUCGUACUGAACGACCCUUUUCCUGCUCUCAAUGUUCAGCGCGAUUUACACUUCGUUCAAAUAUGGAACGUCAUGUAAAGCAACAACAUCCUCAACAUUGGAGUGUUAGGCGUCCAACGCCUAGAGCGCCUCCACCGUACCCUACGCCUGACACACUAGCUGAUCGAGUCAAGUAUGCGUUGUUAGCACGUCACUUGGAAAGACCAUUGCAAGCCUCCGAUCGCUCACCUGUAAGAAGAGACUCCGACGAAGUUGCUGACAAUGAAGAAGACGAAGAUGACACACUGGUUAUCGACGAGGAGACAGAUGACCAGAAACUAGAUGAACAUUCAGCCGCGCACAGAGCUGCAGCGGAAAUUUUAAUGGCUACACGUCAACAAGAGCUUAAUAAAGACUUUGAUCUUAAGAUAGCUGGAAACCUUAUUAAUAAACCUAUCCCAAUUACCACUGAAAAAUCCGAGACUGGAGUAGACGGUGUUCCAAGCCAAGAUAAUGUGGUGCCUGUAGUGCCAACUCGAAGCGAUGAAGAAGAGGACGAGGAGGGUCUGGUCGCAUCCACUAGCGAGGGAAACAACUCUGGAAGCGAUGAAAAUAAGUCAGAAUCGGACACUGGCAUACAACCUCCAAAAAAGAAGUCUGCCUACAGUCUCGCACCGAACCGCGUAUCGUGCCCUUACUGUCACCGCAAAUUCCCCUGGUCUUCAUCCCUUCGACGACACGUCCUUACACACACGGGGCAAAAGCCAUUCAAAUGUCCCCACUGCCCACUCCUCUUUACCACAAAGUCUAACUGCGACCGCCACUUGCUCAGGAAACAUGGAGGAUCAGCUAAAGCCAUAUUGGCGGAACCUAUUCAAGAUUCCAUGACGCCACCACAAACGAAUGAUAGAAGUGUGCCAGAAAGACCUUUUAAGUGUGCCUCGUGUCCAACGAGCACUUUUUCAUCCCUGGAAACGCUAAAGAAGCACAUGGCGUCUCGACAUGGGACGGGAGAUUCGCAGCCAACUUCUCCAAACCCUGACGAAGAAGUAGAUGGAAGUUUAGUGUUCAAAUGCCAUCUCUGCGAGGGUUCGUAUGGUGAUAGAACAGUAGCCUUGGAACAUCUGGCGUCAGCACAUUCAGCUGAAUACGAGCAGUUGGUCAGCAAGGGCGCAUUGGACGCAGCUAGUGACCGCAGCGAAAGUGCCGAUGAUGAUGACAGAGGAAAAUUCCCUGAUCAUGCGAAUAGAAAGGUCGUCUGUGCCUUCUGCAUUCGUCGUUUCUGGUCAGCGGAGGAUUUGCGCCGUCACAUGCGCACACAUUCCGGUGAACGACCCUUCGCCUGUGAUCUAUGCAGACGACGAUUUACACUGAAGCACAGUAUGCUGAGACACAGGAAGAAACACAGAGAAGAAACCGAUGAUGAGGAGUCCUCACCAAGGGAAGACGCGGCUAAUGGUUAUCGCUACCAAGAAGACGAUGGCUCCGGUAACGAGGUCCCGAGCAACGUGAACAACAACAACUCUCCACCCGCCGCGUCCUACGACAAAAAACUCAAACUCGAGAUGACGUCGCGCAAAUAUUCAUCCGAAGCCGAAAACGACACCGAAAACGGAGGUGACCUGAUCGGCAAACUUCUUGGUAUCCCUGACAAGACAAUCAUCAACAAACUACUCUCUUCAGCAGACGAAGCGGCUAAAUUCUUAGGAGUAAACAAAUGAGAGUACGCCUUAGUCCUCGUGACCCCAGCUAGGCUUAUCUUAGCACCGCGAGGACUAAAAAUUCCACAUUCAAAAAUCAACGAGAAUCCUUCUACAACGCCAUCUACCAACGAAUAGUUGUAUCAUUUUAGCAAGUGCUAAGUCUUAUUUAUAUUGCACAGCGACAUCUAUCGUCAAAUAGAUAUGCUUUUCGCAUAAAAUUGAUUUCUCUUAAAUAUAUCGUUUUACAAUAUUGUAAAUAAGCUUUAUAAGAUACGUAGGUGCCUUUAGAUGCCUUAUUAUAGCAUAUACCGUCCUAUUCUGCCUUAUUCUAGGUACUAUAUGCACAUAUUAUACAUAAAAUUGUGGGUUACAAGCAACGAAAUAUUUAGUGCCAGUUUAAAGUACACUGAAAUUUGUAGUGUUACAAAUUCAUUGUGUUGUUUUAUAUUUUAUUGUAUAUAUUAUAAGAAACGAGAGGUUUGAAACAGUACCUAAUAUUUUAAGAUUACUAUAAACUAGCUAAAACACGUAUGCAUUUUCAUCUAGUCGCAUUAUUCACUUUUUAUCUUCACCGAUUUUCAGUUUCAUUUUCAUAGUUGUGAAUUUCAGCCAAAUACUUUUCAAAUCCAAAAUUUUCUAGUCAAUUAUUUUUUCUUUAUAAAUAUCGACCUAAAAUAACCAAAUGUCAGUUUUCAUGAUAAUGUUUAGUAUAAUUAAGGUAUAAAUUAGUUAUAGAACCUCAUAUAAUAAUAUCCUACCAAUGAAUAGUAUAAAUUUGUGCGAUGUACUUAUGUAUUUUAAAAUAUAACUAUAUUUUCUACAUUUCUAUCUUCUGUCUUUUAUCUUAGGAAUUCUAUGAUGUAACUAUUCAUCUUUUUUUUUUACUGUACAUAGUGAUAUAGUAUUUAAAUAAUUUCAUUUCUAUAUAAGUUUUCGUAGGAUAACUUUUGUUUGCUCAAAUUCAUGGCAUUUCUUUAUGACAAAGACUAAUAAUGUUGCUUUUAAGAAAUAUUAGGAUCUCUUAAUAUAAAUUGUAUAGCUAAUUAUGUAGACCAAAGGCUCUCGGUGGACUUUUGUUUACCUUAACGAUGUUUUUUGAUAGUGUUUUUUUUUAACGAUUUAACGAUUUUUGUUAGAAUAUUUCAGAGUUAUAGUUUUUUUAUUUCAAUUUUUUAAUAUUUUUGGUGCAUUACUAUUGUAACUUGGGUUAUGAACUCGCUAAUAUAAGUUAGUUUUAGAUAAUUCAGUCUCCUCGACGGAUCGACGAAUCAUACGCUAGAAUAUACCUAAGUUCCAACUUUGCUUUGUAUAAUAGAAGACGCUAACUAUAUACCAAAUACAAAAUAUAUUUUAAAAUUAAUGGGUAAUAUUUUAAAUCGUGUAAAAUUACUUAUAUAAGCAAUAAUAUUGUAAUUUAUUCAGUAUAAAUUAAAGUAUUUCAAUUAAUGUCACUAAAGCUUAAAUAAUAUAUUAUUAUAUGAAUAUAUAGAUGUUUGAUUAAGUAUUUAAUUAUAAGUGUGGCUAUUUUAAGUUUGAAAACCUGCUUCAUGUCAAUUAUAGUUAGAUGGGAAGGAAAUGUUUGAAACUGUAAUUAUAUAAAUUUCUAUUUCCAAUUAUUAUAAUAAAACAUAAUUUGCUAUGUACGGUCAGUAAUUACAUUGAAGUGUAUUCGAUACCUGUGCUUAAGAAAUAUAUAGUUUUUAUUGUAUUAAAAAAUAAAAAAUGAUAUUUAAGUUAAAUUACGUACUUAUUUAGAAAUAGAUUAAAUGUAAGUCCUAUUUAUAAGAUGUGGCAACACCGCUUGGCCUUUCAAAAAGUAGUUUGUGUGUUUUAAUAUAUUAAUGUUAUUUAAGAUUAUAAUGUUAAAGAUAAAUUAAAAUUUACCAUUUUAUGCAUGAUUUCAAUGUAAUAAUUAUUAUUCAUAAUGUUAAGAAGCGUAUUUACUAUUCACUUUUGCCUCUCUCUCUCUCUUUAUUUGCAAUACGAGUGUCGUUUUAAAAACGUUUUUUGUGAAAUACAUUAUGGUGGAUUAAAUAAAGAAAUACUGCUUUUA